GCCGCACCCUCCACUACAGACCGUCCAUCAACAGGCAUCCGAAUUAUUAGGCCGUGCACAAGCUCCGCCCUUGGAUGUGGCGCUACAGCAGGAGACACAAGAGGUGAUAGACCCGGCGUCGUCAAGGUGGCCCAAGUCGGAGGUGCACGCGCUCAUAAGUCUGCGGAGUGGAAUGGAAACUAGGUACCAGGAAGCGGGGCCCAAGGCUCCUCUGUGGGAGGAGAUCGCUGCGGGAAUGCGGCGGAUGGGGUACAACAGGAGCGCCAAGCGGUGCAAGGAGAAGUGGGAGAAUAUCAACAAAUACUUCAAGAAGGUAAAGGACAGCAAGAAGAAGCGUCCCGAGGAUGCUAAGACUUGCCCGUACUUCCACCACCUGGACGCCCUCUACCGCAAGAAGAACGUCGGAGCCGGCAGCAGCUCGAGCGAUCUUCACAGAGCUGAGAUAGAGCAGCACGAGGUGUCUUUCCCCACUUCUCAGCCAGUCCCUCAGCGAUCCCACAUGGAAUCGGAUCUCAAGAGGAACAAUGGUAGAGAAGCUGAGGGAAACGGAUCUUCAUCCCUCAGUGGUAGCGGCCGUUCUGGCUUUGUUGACGAAGGGACCAGCGCCGACGAACCGGCGAAGAAGGUAUUUUGUGCUCUAAAACACAAUUUUUUCCGUCAUUUGAACUGCAAUUCUUUUCCUCCGGUUGACCCGCUUCGGGGAACGGUUGAUCUAAUUGAUUACUGUGCCCACAUAUGAAGCCAGAAGACAUUAUGAAGAACCUGAUGGACCAGCAGGCGCAGAGAGAACCGGAGGAGGAUUCCGACAAGCUGGAAGAGACCGACAGCGAUGGGGUGGAGCAGGCGGACGAUGACGAUGAUGAGGACGACGAGAAGGGCAAGAUGGCUUACAAGAUCCAGUACCAGCAGAGGCCCGUUGUCAACGGCACCUCCAGCGGUGGUGAGAACCAAUCAGCGGCUGCCGCUGCAGCAGCAGCCGCCGCGGCCGGCUCCUUCAUGGCAAUGGUUCAGUAA